AGGAUACAGGCCAUUACCAAGAAGAGGCCAUUAUGCCAGUCAGUACACAGGCAGUCUGCAGGUUUGACUUGAAUGAGCCGCCUUUCAUCUGAUGUCAAGCUCCCUUGGCGAGCCCCCGAAGGGGCUUAUUGGAGGGUAUCAGGGCGACAGCACUGCUGUAAAGGCGAUUAUGGGCGCCCUGAUAGGGAUAUCCCUAUACAAUACGGUUGAACUCACUACUCUCAUAUUUACGACUUUCCACCUCUACCGCGGACUCUACUUUUGGUCCCUCAUACUGUCAACAACACUCGGUCUCAUACCCAGCGGCAUUGCGAACACACUGCAUUAUUUCAAUAUCGGCCCGCUAUGGCUCGCAAUGACGCUAUCGAACAUCGGGUUCUAUUUUCUGGUCCCCAUGCAAUCGGUGGUCCUAUACUCCCGGCUACAUCUCGUCCUAUACAACCAGCGAAUUCUUCGACUUGCAUUAUAUAUGUUGAUUGUCUCCGCCGUUGUCUUUUCCGUUUCAAUAACGGUUGUAUGCUACGGUUCCGCAUUCGUACGCACCCCCGGCUGGAACGCAAGUUACACGAUACUGGAACGACUGCAGGUAACCUGGUUCUGUGUGCAGGAAUUCGUGCUCGCCGCUCUAUACAUCCGCGAGACAAUCAAGCUUCUGCGCCUGAAUCCGACACACAGCAGCCGCCGGAGAAAGAUAAUGUACGAACUGCUGGCUAUUAAUGUCGGCAUUAUCCUCAUGGAUGCUGCGGUCAUUGUCAUUGAGUUCCUGGGGCUAUACUACCUGCAAGUCCUGGUGAAGUGUGCCAUUUACAGCGCGAAAUUGAAACUGGAGUUUGCUGUGCUGGGCAAACUUACAGCGAUUGUGGAAGCGCCUCACCGCGACUUGGGGAGUGCUGAUGUGAAUGGUUUGUCUGGUCGGCCUGCGUCUGAUCCGAUCGCAUAUGCUCGCGAUAGAGUGUCUUUAGCUGCAGCUCAUGGAUCGAAGGAAUCUUAGAUCAAUAUCACAUUCUUGGCGGGAGUUAUGUUCGAUUUGAGUAAUUGUUAAUCGUAUUAAUUAUACUUUCUGGUGCAGGCGGGGUUUCCCGACCAGGAAGUCGGGGUGAUGUGAUCGUGGCCAGAACAUAAAUCGAGCUGCCCCUCCUUCCUGGACCAACACCUCUUCUGUCCCCCAUU